AUGUUCGCCCAGUAUACCAUGGAAAAGUCUUUCGGCCCGUUGCUAUUCACAUGGUGGUGGGUUAGAAAGCACUGGGGCAAGCACGCCUCUUGGCUUCUUGUUACAAAGGUAACACUCAUGAGCAAGAGUGUCAAUGUCUUGGUAGGCAUCAAGCCACAUGUCUAUGCCAAGGACCUGGCACAUGUUAUUGAGAAAUAUCGUUCCGACUUCGGAGAUUUCUUGUUGCUUAUAGCCAAACAGCCAUGCAUCGAAGAUACCUCAAAUGGCUUCCGACCUUUCGGUGGCCACGUCCUUGGAAACGCAGAUGACUUCUCUACCGGAACCAAAACCAAAACCUUCAUAUCAACACCAGCAGCAUGCCGAGUUCUUGACGAAGAGGAGGAGCAUAGAACUUUCCUGGAGAAUAUGAGACGGAGACGCUUCGAAUGA